AUGGUGAGAACAAGGCAAGGAGCCAUAAUUGAUCCAUACCCAGUUCGGGGAAGUGACCAGAGUUUUCGAAAUGAAAGUGAUCCAGACUGGGAUCCCUUGGCAGACACCUCCUCUUAUAUACCUGCAACAUCAGUGUACUCUGAAGCUGGCGAGUCAGUGAGACUUCAAGAUGAUUCGUUGUCCCAUCAGGCAGAUGUGUCCAUGCCCGAGGUAUCAGACAGACGGGGGGGAGAUAAUAUACCCCCACCAGUGGAACCGAUAGCUGUAUCAAACCCAUUUUCAGAUCCUGCUUUUAUGGAACAUAUAGUCAGAGCUGUAGUAGUAGGAAUGGUAGCGGGAGCCUCCGGUACAGCUCCUAGAUCAGGGGGAGUAGUCACUAUAGUGCAAUGGGUGAAGGGUAUGAGAGAGAUGGGUUGUAUGACUUACGGUGGUGAAGAGGAUGCUGAUGUUGCUAGGCAUUGGCUGAGGAAAGUGGAAAGAGUUAUAAAUCAGAUGCAGGUGCUAGAGGAGCUACGAGUGGAUUGUGUGACUCAGCUAUUGGUUGAUAGUGCCCACUCUUGGUGGGAGACCAUUAGAGAGAGGAGAUCAGGGGAGGUAUUGAGAUGGAGGGACUUUCGUGAAGAGUUUGAGGAGAGGUACUAUUCUUGGGAACAUAGGAAGGAGAAAGAACAGGAGUUCUUGGAUUUGAGGCAGGGAGAUUUGACAGUUCUGGAGUAUGAGAGGAGAUUUCAGGACUUAGCAGCUUUUGCCUCCACCUACCUUCCCACAGAGCACCACAGGGUUGAGAGGUUCCGUGAUGGACUAAGGCGGGAACUGAGGAUGAUAUUGAUAGCCAUGCAGUUUCAGUCUGUGCGGGAAUUGGUACGGGCAACUCAGGGUAUGGAGAGGGUAAUAAGGGAUACCCUAAAACCAGUGGUCGAGCAGAGUCAGGAGGAUCUAGACGGGUCAGUGGAAGAGGAGCUUGAGGAGGAUAGUCUAGACAGGGAGUCAAAACUGCUGGAGGGUCUACAGAGCAAAAAGGACCAGUAUAUCUAUUUUGUCAGAGGAAGAGGCUGUUACUAUUGUGGGGACACGAGUCACAGGAAGAAGGAUUGUCCUCGUACUACCGAGGGAGCCCAUGGUCAGAGGAUUGAGGUUCAGAGCCAACAACAAUCGGUGACAGUCAAUUGUCCUAUCAGGCCUACCCAGUCAGGGAUGAGUGCUACUCGUGGGAGGCCCAGAAAUCAGGAGGGGAGGACUCAGGGUCGGGUAUACCACAUGACCUACGAGGAUGUGGGAGCUGUACCAGAUGUGGUGGCAGAAGAGUUGCCGGGAUUACCUCAAGUUAGAGAAAUUGAAGUUUCCAUAGAAACUAUUCCAGGAGUUUCUCCUAUAUCCCAGUCUCCUUAUAGGAUGGCUCCUAUGGAAUUGGCGAAACUGAAGGUCUAG